AUGCUACACUCGCUGCAGACAACGAUUGAUGGUGCCCGUGUCUUACAAGCUGCCACCAGCGGUCGACGUCACGUCAAGCACGUCAAGGUCACGUCGCAGCCCGCUCCGUUCAAGCAAGGCCCCAGGGCGCACAGCAGAGAACUGGCAGCAGUGGCAGCGGAACUCGAAGCACAAUCUGUGCAUGGCGUGGGUUUUAUCAUCUCGAGCAUCUUUUUUUUGGCCGCCUUCGAAAUGGCGGCCGCACAUGCCCCAGGCUGGCGCCAGCGUCCAAUGUUGGGCGUUUUCCCGCCCCAACGCCCAAUGGUUCCUGCCCAUUCAAUGUUCUGA